UUCUGGGCUGGACAGGAAACGACGGAGACGCGCAGCGUGUCUCCUCAUCAGCUCCGGGAGAGAAGAAUGGGAAAGAGAAUAGGUUUGUGUAUGUAGACGAGGCAACGUGUGAAAACAUGAGGUCAACGGGCAGUUUUUAACUAGGUACCUCUUUUAAAAAACAGAUAACUACACAUAUCACACAAGGAGUUUUCUUCUUUUUUUCCCCGAGGGCAGGAAUAUCUGCUCCCAUUGGAGAACACCGGAGAGGAGAGGACCCUCUUUGUGAAUCCCAUCUGACUGUGUGCUGAAUCGUCCGCUCACGCUGAACCGAUCUAUGGACAAGCCGAGGCAGCAUCCAGUCUCCAGCUGCACCGCUGAUCGGAGCAGGCAGAAGGAGGGCACCCUCCUCUCCUUCCAGGGCAAUACAUGAUCUGGGUCCUCGUUCAGCAGAGCCCAGCACUCUCUGCAUGGACCGUGGAGAAUCCCACUGAGGAGAGGAGGAUCAGCUCCUUGUAAUCGCAACCAGACUUCACUGUGCACGAGUGGGAAUAGAAGGAGUAGUCUGUAAAUGAUACUGGAAGGGGAUAAAAGCCCAGUCACGGAGUGGAGUAGUGGUUUUGCCUGACCUUUAACCUCAAUAGGAAGGAGAGAAAGCCACUUCAGAGAUGGAGCAGGUAUCAGAUGAUGAGUUGGACCAUGGAGCAGAGGAGGACAGCGAUAAGGAGGAUCAGGACCUGGACAAGAUGUUUGGAGCUUGGCUGGGAGAGUUGGACAAGCUCACACAGAGUCUGGAUGAUGGCAGGCCACAGAAAGCACUGCAGAAGCCUCCCCUCAGACAGGAGACAAACAUGGCCAACUUCUCCUACCGCUUCUCAAUGUAUAACAUAAACGAGGCCUUGAACCAGGGAGACACGGUGGACCUGGAUGCCCUGAUGGCUGACCUGUGCUCAAUCGAACAGGAGCUCAAUACCAUAUCCAGACCAAACUCCACGGCUCGCGGCCAGAGCAAAGGCCAGCAGAGGGCCCCCGGGGGGCGUAGUGCCAGCACCAAGCACACGGGCACCAGUGGAGGGGGGAGCAGUGGAGGAAGUACCAGUAGCAGCACCCGAGCAUCGCCGGCCAACACAGUACGAGGAGGCAGCGUCAGUGCCCGCCCCGCGGCCUCCAACAUCUCCCUGGAUGACAUCACCUCUCAGCUGGAGAAGGCCUCCCUCAGCAUGGACGAAGCGGCCCGUCAGACGUCCUCCUCUUCCUCCUCCUCCUCCUCUUCGUUCUCCUCCACAACGCUCCGACGGCCCUCGUCGGGGUCGUCUGGUAGUGGGCAGCAUCGCCGGACAGGCUCGGUGGGCGCGGUCAGCGAGCAGGAGGCUCCAUCCCAGCGGUCCAGUGUAAAUUCAGCAUGUGCCUCAGCGUCCAGCAUGGACUCCCUGGACAUUGAUAAAGUGAUGACGGGAGGAGAGGUGGAGGGCCAGGGCAGCCCCAGCACACAAGGACAAAACCAGACCAGCACUGAGCAUGUCACACUGAGACGGGCCAACGGUAAGCCAGCCAGACGGCAGCUUGACUUCACCUCACAAGAGGGUGAAGUGGAUCGGGCCACUCACUCCUAUCUGGACCGAGAAACCUCACUCAUUUUGAAAAGUAUAGCUGGAAAGCCUUCUCACCUCCUGACCAAGGAGGAGCAAGCUGCCAAACUGAAGGCAGAGAAGAUCCGAGUCGCCCUGGAGAAAAUCAAGGAGGCACAGGUCAAAAAGCUGGUGAUCAGAGUCCACAUGUCAGACGAGAGCUCCAAGACCAUGAUGGUGGACGAGCGGCAGUCGGUCAGGCAGGUGCUGGACAGCCUGCUGGAUAAGUCGCACUGUGGCUACAGCCCUGACUGGUCUCUGGUGGAAACCAUCACUGAGCUACAGAUGGAGCGUAUUUUUGAGGAUCAUGAGAACUUGGUGGAGAAUCUCCUAAACUGGACCCGGGACAGCCACAACAAGCUCAUGUUCAUCGAACGCAUCGAGAAAUACGCUCUUUUCAAGAACCCUCAGAACUAUUUGCUGGGGCGGAAGGAGACAUCAGAAAUGGCUGACAGGAAUAAGGAGGCGUUAUUAGAGGAGUGUUUCUGUGGUGGCUCGGUGUCUGUGCCAGAGAUUGAGGGUGUCCUGUGGCUGAAGGAGGAUGGGAAGAAGUCGUGGAAGAAGCGUUACUUCCUCCUCAGGGCUUCUGGGAUCUACUACGUCCCAAAGGGCAAAGCCAAGGCCUCCAGAGAUCUUGUGUGCUUCCUGCAGUUGGACCAUGUCAACGUGUAUUACGGCCAGGACUACCGCAGCAAAUACAAGGCUCCUACUGACUACUGCCUGGCCCUGAAGCAUCCACAAAUCCAGAAGAAGUCGCAGUACAUCAAGUAUCUAUGCUGUGAUGAUGUCAGGACCCUGCACCAAUGGGUGAACGGGAUUCGAAUCGCCAAAUAUGGGAAGCAGCUGUAUUUGAACUACCAGGAAGCCAUGAAGAGGACAGAGGCGGCCUACGAUUGGUCCUCUCUCUCUACCUCCAGCAUCCGAUCAGGCUCCAGCUCUGCCAGUAUACCCGAGUCCCAGUCGAAUCAUUCAGGCCAUUCAGACAGUGGUGUGGACACAGGCUCCUCUCACGGUCGGUCCCAGAGCGUGGUGAGCUCCAUUUUCUCAGAGGCCUGGAAGAGAGGAACCCAGAUUGAGGAGAACUCUAAGAUGAGAGGAGCCACCCUGCCACAUGCCUCCCACAGUCACAGGCAUCACAGCCAGCAUUCAGUUGACCACCAAGCCCUGACGCCCCCUCCCCAGGCUCAGCCUCAGCCUCAUCCCCAGCCCCAACAACAGCACCCACCACAGCCUCAGCACCCACCAGUGCACCCCCAGACACCGACCCAGCCACAACACCAGCACCCGCCUCCCCAGCCUCAGUCUCCUCAUCAGGCCCCGCUGCCGCCACCCCAGUCACCUCAGCGCCCUCAGCAGCCGCCACAGUCUCCGCAGCAGCAGCAGCCGCCACAGACCAUCGGCAGCUACAACCACGUGCCCCCACAGGAACUACAGCCAGCUCCUCCGCCCCCGCCCCCUCCUCCUCCGCCGCCCCCUCCCCCACCUCCGGUCCAGAUGGUUUCGCACCACUCGCCGGCUCCCACCAUGUACAAGUACAGCACGAUCACCAGGCUGCAGAACCAGAAGGCCUCGCAAGCAGCCAAUCACCACAAGCUGCCCAGUCACCUCCACGCGACCGCUCAGCAAGUUCUGCCCACGACUCCAGCUCCGCCCGCGGCUCAGGUGCCCGUCAAACCCAAUGUGAAUCACAUUGCAGCAAGGACUAAUGUCCCACCUCCACCUCCGCCUCCUCCUCCCCCACCACCAUCCAUGCCAACCCCUGGGUCAGCCAUGGCCGUGUUGAAGCUGGGCCCUCCCAGCCCGGCCGCCCCUCCUGCCUUCAUCCCUCCACCCCCGGCACCUCCACCUGUUCUGCACACCAAUGGAGUAGCAUUUCCUCCCCCUCCUCCUCCCCCUCCACCUCCACCUGCACCGGCUCCCAUGAGCCACCCUGUUUACCCAAACGGUCUGAAGCAGGCACUGAAGGAAAGGUUUCCCAGUCCACCACGGGACCUCCUGUCUCCAAACGGAGACCUUGAGGAGUCCCCACCGCCUGCCCCUGCUCCACCACCCCCGCCUCCUCCACCUCCUCCUCCGCCACCGCCUCCUCCUCCUCCCCAGCAGUUCCCAGUGCCAGCCCAGUUUCCACCCCCUCCUGCGCCACCACCAGCGCCACCCAAAACCUUCACCCCUGGCUUUGUCCCUCAUACUGCCCCCAAGCCUGUGUCACCUGUCUCCCCAUUCCCUCCUGCCCCACCUCCUGCUGCCUUAGGGGGCCCAGCCCCACCACCACCCCCUCCGCCACCUCCGCCUGCACCCCUCAAGAAGCAGUUCAGUCUCCAGACGGGCCACAACGCCAGCCAUCCGCCUCCGACUCUGCCCAAGCAGCACAGCCUGUCUAAACCACCACCCAUUUCCACAGGAGCUCCUCCUACCAUGUCUUUGGUGAAACAAUUAGCAAGUCAGUUUCCAGGAGCUUCAUCCCAAGUAGCCAAUCACACAGAGAGCCCCAAAGCUCCCCUCUCCCCUCCUGCAGUCAAGACCAAACCGAAAUGGCAGCCUGGGGGUGGCCAGCAGGUGCAGUCUCCAGAGUUCCCUCCACCUCCUCCAGACAACAACGUUGGCUUCCCUGCUCCACCACCACCUCCUCCGCCACCUCCCCCAGCACCUGUCACAGGCCCAACUCCACCACCCCCUCCACUCCCUCCUGGAAACCUGGGCUCCCCCAUGAGGAGGUCACCCUCUGGCUCCAAUUUGGGAGGCAAGAAACCUCCUCCCACCCCACAGAGGAACUCCAGCAUCAAGUCCAACGCCUCCUAUGAGGAAAACAGGAGGAACUUGCUCAGCAAGUUUGCUCCCCAGAGCAGCACCCCCCCUUCCUCCCCAUGUCCCGCCUCCUCCUCCUCCUCUGGAUCCCCCUCCAAGGACCACUCAGCUGGACCCCCUGCUCCCCCAAAACCAGGCAAGCUCAAUCUGGCCAACCUACCCUUGGCACUCCAGGCCAAGGUGAGCCAGGCGAAGCAGUCUAGUGGCGAUUUUCCUUCUCCACCACCUGAGUGCGCCUACUUUCCACCUCCUCCCCCGGCCUCUGAGCUCUUCCCCCCUCCUCCUCCUCCUGGUGGUGAUGCCCCUAGCGGAGGACCUCCUAGAGUAGCUGUGGUUAACCCCCAGCCCCAGGCUCCCCCUCCUCCACCGCCUGUCUCCCUUGUCAGCAACUCCACUUGGGGAAAGAGCUCACUGAAAAAGACUCCUCCACCCACGCUCGGGCGGCGUAGUAACACCACCCCGGAGCCCCCUCCCCUCUCGCCACCUGCACCCACCUCCCCGAAGGGCAGCUCAGGCCAGCCCAACUUCCUGGAGGAUCUCAACCGGACACUGAAGCGAAAGUCAGUGGGCCGCCAGGGUUCCCUCAACUCUGCCGGCCUCUCGGGCAAGUUGGACCCCGCGGGGACCAUGGACGACAUGGCGCUGCCUCCGCCGCCCCCUGAGCUGCUCCUAGACCAAGGAAAGCAAAGCAACGGAGGAAACGGCAGCUACAUGUCCGGAAACAUCUCAGGCUAUGCAACACUAAGACGAGGACCCCCGCCUGCACCACCCAAACGAGGGGACGCAACCAAACUUACCGGAGAGUGUUGAACUCGGAGAACAGGAGGCAAUGAAGAUGGAUGAAUAGACAGUGAGAGAAUAUAUGGAAGUGAACAUUCAUUAGUGAACUGGGAGUGAGUUCAUGGAUUCCUUCUGUCCUCUUGGUAUCACAAUUAUAAAGACUGUAUAUAUACUAAACCCAAACCAGACCGUGGUCAUUAGUGUUUGCUAAUUAUUGCAUUUUUUAAACAUGCUUGGCAUUCUGGAUCAGUGGGGUUUACAAUAUCAGGACGAUUAAGACUGGAGCAGGUAAGUUUGAGGUCACAGAAAAGUAAGACGGUCUUAAGUUUCUGCAAUUGUCCAAACUCUCUGGAACAUAUUAUGUGGUCCUGUAUGGUAAACCCCACCCAUCUGGUGCACCAGGCAGAUUUAAAUAAACACUAAGAAUUGUGCAAAUGUUACUGGAUCCAGGUCUGAGCCAAAACCAUGUAUCCGCUUCUUUGCCAUAAGUUUGUGCCACGUACAAAACGAAACAAAACAAAAAACAACAACAACAAAGGAGAUGAAAACACAUCAGGAUCUUUCUGCUUUGGUACUGCAUGGACCACAUGUAACAACAACAACAAGCUGUAAGACAUGGAGCUGUUCUGGUGUGUGUGCAUGUGUGAGAGAGACUGAGUACGCACACAUUAGAUGCAUAAUCAUACGGUGGCAAAGUAGUUAAACAUUAGGGAAGGCCUUUGUGGAGCGGUUUGCUUUUAUAUGAAAUUAUUUAAUGAUUGAUAAAUGGAAGGAUUUUUUUUUUUUUUACAAGUCUGUCUUUUAAUAGCUGGUCAACAAAGUCUAGAGAGGAGCAAAACAAUAGGGCACAAUGGAAUGUAUAUGGAAGGCGUAUUUAAAAUAUCAUGAAUUACACACAUGAAGGUAAUGAUUCAGUUGUACAACAGCUAAAACUUCAAAACCUGUUGUCUCAAAUGCGUCUAGACUGUUUCACGUCUUGGCAAAUGCAAAUCAGAAGGAAGCCUUAUCCCCAAAGUCUUGCACACAGGUCAAAGCAGAAAGGAGAUUUCUUCCAAAGGCUCAGCAGAGUCUGGACUGUGCAACCAGAGAAAAAAAAAAGAAGUAUACUUUUAAUUUAAUGCAAACGUAUAAUGGACUUCUGUAAAUGGAGAGGAAGGCCUGUGGUGGUGUAUCUUCGUGGACUGUGUGAGUUCCCUGUGCGUUGGCUUGAUUUUUGGACCUUAUCCUUCAGUUUGUAUCUGUACAGUCGCAGCUGCUGCUACUCCGUUUACUGUCGGGACCCACAAACCCAACCACCCACCCCCCGCUGUCUUCUUAAACCACAUGGUGUCACAAUCCAGGAAGUAGAACGUACAGUUUGGAUUCCAGCCGUGUGACCCCGUUGAAAAAGAUACAUUUGUCUGGUUAAUGUACAGAGCAUUAAAUCAUGUAGUCAAUAACAGGAAUCAUCUGAGUGGCAUUAGACUGAAUGUUGCUUUCAACUUUGUGUGUCUGAUCGUAUCUUGUUUCUUCAUGGUGCCAUUACUGCUUCAGCCCUCAGUGCACGGGGGCUAAGGUUGUCUCUUGAUUUUGUAUCUACAGGGUGGAUCAUGAAGGGUUUUCAUUUCUAGCAGCAAUGCCUUCAUUUUUAGGGUGCUAGCGCUGUCCUUCAAGGAACUCAUUCUCAACAUGUCCUCGUGUGCCAGGACGACAUAUCAUUAAUAUUUUAUUCAUUUAAACUGGUUUUAAAUCGGCUUUAGUGUGGAAACGUGUGCUGUGGAGAUGGCUUUACGAUAUAAAGAUUUCAGAGAUCAUUAUAUCCAUGUUCGAUUCCAAACGAGGCUUGUCUAACACAUUGUUCUUUUGUCCUGCUCAGCCACAGUUGUGUGAUUUGCCACUUGAAGGCAGUGUACCAUCAUUUCUUAUGACUGAAUAUCAUCAUCCGUGACGGGAUUGUUUGCUACAGUACAGUAUGUAAGUUAUUGAUGUGCUGAUGUGAACACGUGGGGCCAAAUUGAAAUGAAGAAAAAUGGUUGCAGAUAGAUCAAACGUGUCCUCUUGCAUAUAAACUGAAAAUCACAAUAUAAAUGUUCAAACCAGA